AUGGAAGCGAUUACAACAUAUACACUUGAAGAAUGUAUUGAUCAUAUUGGCUUAGGAAAAUAUCAAUGGCGUUUGAUGGCCAUACUAGGCUUUUGUUCAAUGGCUGAUGCUGUAGAAAUGAUGCUUUUGGCUAUUUUAGGACCAGCAAUUACUUGCUAUUGGCCUACUGUUACAAAAGUGCAUAUGGCUGCAUUAACUACUGGUGUUUUUGCUGGUAUGAUGAUUGGAGCAUUUAUAUUUGGUAUUAUAGCUGAUAAAUAUGGACGAAGACGAGUAAUUAUUAUUAGUGCAGUAUUAAAUACUAUAUUUGGAAUUUUUACAGCUGCUGCACCAAAUUACUACUGCGUAUUACUUGCAAGAAUUCUUGUUGGAUUUGCCCUAUCAGGAGCUUCUCAAGGUUCAACAUUAAUGCUCGAAUAUUUACCAUCAUCUACUCGUGCAACAAUUAUUAUUGUUUCUGGGUUAUUUUGGUCAUUAGGUAGUAUUUUUGAAUAUGUCAUGGGUAUGAUCAUAGUUCCAUCAUAUGGAUGGCGUUUGUUAACAGUUCUUUCAGCUUUACCAAUAACAAUUGUUGCUAUUUUUAUGUAUUUCGUACCUGAAUCACCACGUUAUUUUGUUGCUAGUGGUUGUCCAGAAAAAGCUGAACAUGUUUUAAAAGCAAUAGCAUCAACAAAUAAACGUUCUUUACCAGAAGGAAAACUUCACGAUGUUCAUGCUCAAGAUGAAUGUGGUUCAAUAAAACAUUUAUUUCAUGUAAAUUAUAAACGUACAUCAUUUUUACUUGCAUUCAUGUGGAUGACCGUAGCUAUGAGUUAUUAUGGCUUAGUCUUAAUCAAUACAUCUAUAAUAACAUUAUUUGAUAAUGAACAUGAACUAAUAAAAAAUACAAGUACAAUUAAACCAUCUCAAUGUAAAAUGUUAACAACAAAAGAUUAUCAAUCCUUAAUAUUUACAACAUUUGGUGAAAUGUUUGGUAUACCAUUAUUAUUAUUUUUUCUUGCGUUUUUUGGUCGUCGAAUAGUUUGUGCUAUUAAUUUUUCAUGUGCAUCAUUUUGUUUUUUAUCAUUUCUUUUUAUUUCUCACACCAAACCAUGGAUAAUUAAUAUAAUUACAUUUUUAGCACGAAUGUUUAUUAGUUCACAAUUUAGUUUAGUGUAUCUUUAUACAAUGGAAGUCUAUCCAACAGUUAUACGUGCUAUUGCUAUUGGAUGUGCAUCGUCAAUGGCAAGAAUUGGUGCCAUGAUAACACCAUUCUUAGCACAAGUUCUAAUUAAGCACACGUUUCAUGGAACUAUUGCAAUUUAUACGAUAGCAACAGCCAUAGCAGCUAUUUGUGCAUUUUUAUUACCAAUAGAAACAAGAGGACGUGAACUAAAAGUAGGUAAGCCACCGGCGACACAUAUACUAUUCGAUGCAGAAUUUCAAGCUCUAUCGAGUGCUGUACAACUUGCACGACUUACGACCAGUCGUAGAGGGUUUUGA